AUGUCACCUCCUGCUAUGGCGCCAGCUCUGGCUGUGCCCGGUAAAACCUACAAGACAGAAUCAGGGCUUGCCCGGCUCCUGGGGUCAGGCUCUGCUGGAGUCGCUGAGCUGCUGGUCUUCCACCCCGUUGACACCAUCGCGAAAAGGCUGAUGAACAAUGCAACAAGAGUGGCUUCGAUCUCUGCCCUCAAUACCGUCAUUUUCAGAGAGUCCGCCUCAGCCCCCGUCCUCACGAAGUUCGCAUCCCUCUUCCCGGGUCUAGGAUAUGCAGCAGGUUACAAGAUCUUGCAGAGGAUAUAUAAAUACGGCGGUCAGCCCUUUGUGCGCGACUACCUAACCCAGCAUCACGCCCAAGAUUUCGACAAGGCCUUCGGCAAAGGGACCGGCAAAGCAAUGCUCAGCGCGACCGCUGGCUCUCUCAUCGGCAUAGGCGAAGUGGGACUGCUGCUUCCCCUCGACGUAUUAAAAAUUCGGGCGCAAACAAAUUUAGCAUAUUUUCGUUCCCGCGGAUUCAUCCAGAUUGUGAGGGAGGAGGGUCUGGGGUUGUACAGGGGCGCGGGGUGGACAGUUGCUCGAAAUGCACCGGGCUCCUUUGCUCUUUUUGGAGGCUCGUCGUUCACUAAAGAAUACCUCUUCAAGCUCGAGGAUUACAAUGCAGCUACAUGGGGUCAAAACUUUGUCGCUUCCAUCGCAGGGGCAUCGGCUAGCCUCAUUGUCUCCAGCCCUCUUGAUGUGAUCAAAGUUCGUAUUCAGUCUCGAGACCAUCUCAACCCAGAGUCUGGCGUUCGCAUUAUGACGAGCAUGAUCAAAAACGAAGGCGUGACGAGUUUCUUCAAGGGCCUUAUCCCCAAAAUGCUCAUGACUGGCCCAAAGCUCGUGUUCUCGUUCUGGCUGUGA